AUGUUAAUAGAAGGUAAAAGUAUUAUAUUUUAAUAAAUUAAGUAUAAAAAAAGUUAAAAAAAUAUUGAAUAAUUAUAAGUUAUUAAUGAAUAAUAAAAUCUUAAUGAUAGUAUAAAUGAAGAACUUAAAUUUUUAAAUGAAAACUAUUAAGGUUUUAUUCUCGUAAAAAUUUUCAAUCCAGGAGAAUCUUUUGGAGAAAUUGCUUUAAUAACAUCAUAAGGAAGAACUGCUACAUUAGUAGCGAAAGAAGAAUCUCAUGUUAUGGUUUUAAAUAAAGUUUCAUUUGAAAAAGUAAUGGGAUAUGUUAAAAAGAAUGUAUGGAGAGAUAAUUUAGAUUUUUUAACUUCUUUUUCCUUUUUUUAAAAUACUUCAACUCGAAAAUUAUACUAAAUUCUUCAUCAGAUGAAGGUUAUUAAUUUAAAAAUAAAAGAACCAUUAUAUAUUGAAGGAGAUCCUUCUAAUUUUUUCUACUUAAUUAAAGAAGGAGAAAUUGAAAUUUAACAAUAAAUCUAAGAAAUCGAAUAAUUGACCCAAGAAUAUAAUGAAAUUCAGAACAAUUUACUUGAUAGUUGUUAGGAAUAAUUAGAAAAAUUAAGAAAUAAAAAAAAAGCUUUAACAGUAAGAUACGAUAUAGUAUAAAAAUUAUUGGACAAGGUAGUUAUUUUGGAGAUGAAGAAAUUGUAUAAAAAAUACCAAAAAGAUUAUAUAAAGCAGUUUGUUAUAGUUAAGAAGCUGAGUUAUAUUGUUUUGAAUAAACAAAUGUAUGCAACGUUUUAGGUUAUUCUUUCUUUGAUAAGCUUAAAAAUUAAGUUAAUUUUAAAAAAGAUUUGAAAAAUGAAAGGUUAAUAAAUUUUGCUAAAUCACAAAUACCUUAAGAAGAAAUUGAAAAAUUUAGCAAAUUCGUAGUAUUUUAAUAAUAAAAGAAAGAAAAAGAAC